AUGCAAAAGUCCAUGGACAAGAUGGUGAGCAAGAUCAAGAGUUUGGAGAAGAAAGUCUCUGGUUCUUCAUCCAAGAAGAAGAAGGCAACCAUGGCCCCCACAUUCCCAAGGAGUAGAUCUCUCCUCACCACUCCAAGGAGGCUUCCUGCCCAAGAGCCUCACAGAGCCUCAUCAUUUGAGCCAAGGGAAGGAGAGACAACUCGCAGAGGAGGAGGAAGAGUUCCAAAGGCCGACGCUCCAACUCGACCACUGGACUCGAUCGAGUCCAAACAGAGGAAACUCAACUCGAUCGAGCUGAUGGUCGAGUCAGCCUUGAGGAAUCAGAUUCGAGAACCCUGGGUUCAAGUACGAUCCGACACCUUACCAGGAGUGCCCUCGGAGCAGAUGGAACCCCUAUGGCUAGUAUGA